AUGCGAAAAAGGGAACUCAACCGAGAAUAUUUUCGCGCCAUAAUUUAUUACAACUUUCAGAGACAAUUAUCGCAACACGAAUGCCUUGCUGAGUUACUGUCUGUUUUCGUCAACGAAGCGUCACAUCAGUCGACAAUUUCUCGUUGGUAUGGAGAAUUCAAACGUGGACGGGUGAGUCUUAGCGAAGAUCCCAGGGUGGGUGCACCAAAAACGGCCGUCACCCAGCAAAAUGUCAAUGUUGUGCACGAACUCAUCAUUGAAACCUCAAUUCAAAAAAUUUUACAUGAAGAUUUAGAAGUAAGAAAAUUAGUUUUUAGUUGGAUACCCCACCUGUUGAUUGAAGAGCAGAAAGCAGCCAGGGUUAAUUGGUGUCAAAAAACUCCACCUAAAGAAAAGCCAACAAAAGUCAUCCGUUUUCGAAGUGUUUCGAAAAAGAUGGUCGCGACAUUUGUGUCAAAAGCGGGUCAUAUUGCAACAAUUCCUCUUAAUGAGCAAAGAACUGUCAUCACCGAGCUUCGAAAAAUCAACCCCGAAAGAAGAAUCAUCCUCCACCAAGACAAUGCAAGCUCGCACAUAGCCCAAAAAACAAGGCAGUAUUUAACGGAAGAGAAUCCCGAUCUAAGUCCUAACGAUUUCUUUACUUUCCCGAAAAUUAAAAACAAACUGCGUAGUCAAAGGUUCCAGUCACCAAAAAAAGCACGCAUGCAUAUGUGUAUUAAUUUUCGUGGAGAAUACUUCGAAAAACAAUAA